AGCAAGGAGUUGUCCUUGUUUUUGAAUUUCAAGCUCAGUUGCUGGGCGGUGGGGUCGAGGGCUUGCGUUGCUUCUCCAAACUAGCUUGAUCUGAGAUGCCUCCAAAGGGACAGCAGUUUGAGAGACGUAAUAUUUGCACCGGCUGCUGGUCUGACAUUGUAAGUCCAACAAAGAAAAUGGCACACUGGAUCUGUAACAGAGGUCCACUCCAAGAUCUGGUGGUCACCUUACUACCAAAACACUUACUGCCUGUUGUGCUGCAUCAACUUCAUGCUUCUUAUGAUUAUCAUGGCAACUCCCGUAUGGCUUCAGCAACAUUUCAAUGAAGACUAUGUUGUUAUUGGGAUAUGGAGCUUUUGUGACGAGUCGGUCUGUAAAGAGCUUUUACUUUCUGAGGAAGCCCAUCUGGAUACUAUCCGAUUCUUUUCGAUUUUGUCCUUCAUCUUCACCUUACUUGCCUUUAUCUCAUCGCGAGACUUUAUAUCUCGCCUCGUGGAUACGAACAUCAUCGAAGACUUGAUCUCCUCAGCAUCGAACUUCUGUGCAGGAAUCUUCCUGUUGAGUUUGCUACUGAUUGUACACUUCCAGCUUAAAACUGCACUUGAUCAAAUCGGGAAGCGUACCAUACCUUGGUGGGGUUUCUUUGGGACUUGCCUCAUCUGUUUACACUGUUUUGUCUUAGGCACACUCAGUCUACUGAAAUAUAGAAGCUUGGUGUUGAAGCGUUUGAGCAGGCACUCCUCCGGAAGAGUAUUGAGUACGGGCAGGAUAAAAGGAAAGGCAAGCACCCAAAUAACAGUAGUUCCGAGUUGAACAAUUCCAUAAAUGACGGUUCAGCAUUCUUGAAAUGCAAAACCCCUUCUCGUUUCCCCUGCAAAUUUCUUGGCCGCCUUUGUUUCUUCACUGCAUUAUGAAAAAUAAACGUUUUGUUCUUGACAAAA